AAGAUAUAGAGCAGAUUAUGCAUAAUAACAUAGGGUUUCAUUUCUUAAUCCCAUAAAGAAAAACAGAAUCAUUUUUAAUACAUCAUAGGUUUUUGUUUUUAUAAGGAAGAUUUCAUUAAACCUUUCUCUCUCUCUCUCGAGUGUCCUCUCACGUUUCACUCAUUUGUCGUUUCGAAUCCAAAAAAAAAAAAAAAAAAAAAAAAAAAACCUAGAUCUUCCCAAAAAAAAAUCACAAUCACAUGCAAUUCCUUUAAAAAUUUUGAAGCCCCUGAAAUUUCAAAUUAUGGGUAUGCCACUGAAUUUGAAAUACGGGGCUUUCAGUUAAUGCAAGGGUUUGUUGAAAUAUAGGGUUGGUUUCCAAUUAAGGCCAAUUUGCUUCAAAAAGAAGAAGGCCCAGAGAGAGAGAGAGAGAGAAAUGAAGAAGUUGAUAGGGAGACCAGGUUCGGUGAGUGGGUUAGCGUUGAGGUUGGGGCAAUUUGGAUUUGCAGCUGCGGCAAUUGGUGUUAUGGUAACUUCCCCUGGAUUUUCUAGCUUCACUGCUUACUGCUAUUUGAUUGCAUCAAUGGGGCUUCAAGUGCUGUGGAGCUUUGGACUUGCAUGUCUUGAUGUUUAUGCUUUGACAAGAAAGAGAGACCUUCAAAAUCCAAUCCUAGUGAGCCUGUUUGUUGUAGGCGAUUGGGUGACCGCUAUUCUAUCACUUGCAGCUGCAUGCUCAUCAGCCGGGAUUAUAGUUCUGUAUUCAAGAGACUUGCAUUACUGCAAUGAUCAAGCCUGCAGCAAGUACCAGACCUCUAUAGCUUUUGCUUUCAUCAGCUGGGCUCUUAGUGCCAUAUCAUCUCAUGUGAUGUUUUGGAUUUUAUUAGCCUCAAUUUAGAUGGCUCAUUCUCUCCAGCCCUGCAGAUAACACGUCCACGAUACACGAUCUUUUAUUUCACUUGUAAAUGAUGUUGUUUCUCCAGCAUACCCAAUCUAUUGGUGAUUUUCAGGAUCUACCUUUUUUAGUUACAUGGAGUAGAGGGCUUUAAUCCUCAUGUUCUUAAUCCA